ACCCAUUCUGACCUGCUCGCUUGUGCAUUUUCCUGGUCAGACACUGCGACCCAGUCGGGGUUAGCUCGCUCUUCGCCCUUUUCUGCCAGGGUUCCUGUGCUUCGUCCCUCGAUCGAAGACUGAAUACCGGUACGUUUCUCUCUCCAGGCGGUAAGUCGCUCCCUUGCCUCGCAACACCCCCGGAGGGACCACCACCUUCAUCCCUCCUUCUUCAUCCCAAGCCUCAGCAAACACGCUUCUGGGCGCAGACACUGCCCUUUGGCCGUCAUCCCCUUUCCUCGUCUCCCACGUUUAGCCCCGCCAGUACUUUCCCGGGCGGAGAACUAUUCUUCGUGGGCCACAUCGGUUGCUCCUUGCUCUGCGUCAACAUCUGACGAGUAUAUGCGUUUUUAGCUGUUUAUUGGCCGGUCUUUUUGGAAUCCAUCAUAUAUUGCUGGAUUUCCGGCACACUUUUUUUUCUUCACCACUCAGAAGGGGGGCUCAGAUUCGCAGCACCUUUCCCGUCGUUUUCGCUUCCACCGGCUCGGUGGCCAAACAUUUCAGUUACUCUGAUUUUCGGGAGAAGGGGUGGAGAAAAUUUUACGAGAGGGCAGAGGCUCAAUCAAGAGGACGACAGAACAGCAUUGAGGAGAGAUACGUCAGUCGCCCGGUGGACUUUGAACCACUAUAAUAUUUGCAGGAACAGCAGGGACAGGAGAGAGAUCUGUACUCGCUGGAGGAUUCUUGUUUUUUCCCUUUCCUUCCCUUUUUUCUCUUUCUCUCCAUUGGUUGGGGAUAAGGAGACAACGCUGGACGUUCUUCGCACGACGGAUUAAAUAAAGAACUGCGGGUUCGAUACGCUCCUUUCAAACCAGUUACCGAAAAAGAGAAUAUUGCCUACUGUCAGAUAUCUCAACAGCAACUACACGUGGCUACACCUUAAUCGCUCCUUUUCAGAUAUAAUACUCCCCUUAAUUUUCGGCCCUCUGAGGAAUAUUUGGUCUCUUUAACAGACUGAGAAAACCUACGGAGAGAUUCUGAUCAAGCGACAGUUCACUGUUCUGAGAGAGAACGGGUUUAUCUGGGGCAAACACCAAUCACAGGCGCGACCUGGACCUCACGGAGCAUUGGCCAAGCUAAACUUGCUGGGAACAAAUCUAUUUCCCGAAACACCUCUUACUGUUUUAUUAUAAUUAUCGCAACACUGGUUAUUUUUAUUUUUAUUUUUAUUUUUUUCUCGCGAAAGGGGGUUGUUCGUAGAAGGUGCGUACUGGAAAUAUUUGCGGUACAUUUUUACUUUAUUGUAUUAUUAUUUCCCCCCCCCCCCCCCUUUCUCUCGCCCUCUUAUUCCCACGCCUCGGUAAGCUUUACCGCCUUCUGGGCCAAAUUUGGGCGGUUGUCCCCACUUCUAUUUUGGGGCUUGGAUGAUUGCCGGUUCGAGACUGGGGGCUUAUACUUGGAUAUCCUCCGCCUCAGACACACGCAGACACUCAUAACAUCCUAGUGCAGUACCCACACACCCGCAUACUCCUACAUACGCACGCAGACUCAACACUGCUGUAUCCUUGCGCUUGAAGGUGAAGGGGGAAAAGGAUUACAAGAAGGUAAAUAGUUAACCCGGGAUAUUAUACAUUCCCAAUCGCAUUGAUACACCUAUGCCCUUGCGUUCACAAUUUUCCGGCUAUCAAAAGCCUGAUCCGGCUCGAGUUUUAACUGACAGAGCUUGCGAGCAGGCUCGGUCUAAGAACGGGAACCCUUUUUGCUUCUGCCCCCUCCCAUAUCUAUCAGGUCGAAACCCUGAGUGUUUCCGCGAUAAUCCUUCAUCUAGAUUGUUUCCCGGAAUUAUCAGGGUUAGCAUUACUGCAACACCCGGGCGUGUGCUAAGACAACCUCCACCUUGGACGCCACACCUGCCACAGAUUUAGGGACCCUAAUUGACAUCUGGAAAAAAGAGGAUCCUCGGUACCCAUCCCUUUACCUUUUAUCUACUUCACCUCCCCUCCCCCUCACCUUAACACUGUUUGUUGGGAACCUUAUCCAUCUCCUUAUCAUGGUUGAGGAAUUUUUUCUUUUCACUGCUCCACCUUCUCCUUGUGUUCCCCCGCAAUCGCAAUCCGGGUCGGGUACUACGAUGGCUUCACGCAAGACUGACACACCUUCGUUGAAGAGGACGUUCACGCUAGUCUCAAGGUCCAAUCCGUCUUCACCAGCGGACCGACAGGACUCACAGAAUCCCUUCAAGACCACAACACCUACCCAACAAUCCAACUCGUCGCAGCGCAUGUCACUAUCGCUAAAGCGCCGUUAUCCCUUUUGUAAAUCGCCAGCGGCCUCGACAUCAAUAGUCUACGACGUGUCGACAUCUGCUGUACCGUCGUUCGUCUCCAUCUUUGAUACUGACGCCGACAUGUCCGGAUGUUCACCUACCAAAGUGACUUCCCAAUUUCCACAUAAUCCCGUUCUUGCCAGCGUCGUCAAGCCGGCCAUGCCAGGAGUAUCUAGUGGACCAAUAUCAUUACAACACCCUAUACACCAACAGAACGGCAGUGUAUCCACAUCUGCAUCUUCCUCAACAAAUUCCUCACCCACAACUACCAUUUCCACCGUCGAAUCAGCAAUCACAGAAGACCACACCCCUGAAACAUCUCCAGAUUCAUCGGUGCGGGUAGUGCCGCUCUCUUCCUUUCGAAAAACUGUUAUGUCUUCUGAAGAUUACCCCGUUGUGCCACCGAGCCCUUUACCGGGUUGCGGGCGCUCGAUUUCGCCGAGCAAAAAACCCCGAAAUACAAAAAACCUUUCCCUCAACGUGCCUCCACCCCCCGCGCAAUAUAGUGCGCAGCCCAAUCCACAGGUGAAUCAACCCAGCCCACGAUCGAUGUCAGCACCAACCUCCCCGGCAUUUAUCAAGCCACCACCGCCCGCGCAGAAUCCCCGGAGAAGGCCCAGUAAUCUUGGAUUAACGAUAAAGCUACCAGGUAGCCUGCCCGAAAAAUCCGCUGUCCGGGGUCCCGUAGCUGGUGGUGUUAGUAUAUUAAGACAUCAUCAAUCAUCGCCAUCUUUACUUUCCCCUGGACCCAAUGGCAUUCCAGGCGGCAUGCGAUUACCCCCUACCCCGGGUUUUAGGCAGCCGCGGUUAUUUCAGCAGCGGAAAAGCUUCAACUCUUACAACGCGCAUGAUUCCCUGUCGCCUUCGCCUUCCUCACCUUCAACGACUAACUCGCCCCCAAAAAGUCCUGAGGUCCUACAUGAGUUGGAAGAGGAAGACGAGGAGCCAAGAUCCGGAGAAGCGAAAUCGCCUGCCUACCCUUCCGGCCCUGUCUGCAUUUUCGAUCCUAAUAUCUAUCUUUACGCCGAACCCGAUGUUGAGCUCGCGUCGCAGUUCGAUGUUAUUGUGAAUGUUGCGAGGGAAGUUGUUAACCCGUUCAGGACAGAUAGGAACGCAGCUACCGCCAAGCCUGUACUAAGCGCCAACCGCAAGGAUACAGAGUCGGACUCACUGCCACCCGACACAGCCUGCACGGAAGCAAGCUUCACAACCGCCUUUGAGGAAGCCUUAUUCUCCCCCGUAUCAGCAUCAUCUCGCAAGCCUAAAUUAGAGGCAGCGGGACCAAAAUACAAGGAGCCUGAGUACGUGCAUAUGCUAUGGGAUCACAAUACACCAAUCCUGGACGAUUUGCCACAUUUGGUGAACCUGAUCAACGAUAGAGCGAGCUCAGGGAAAAGAGUACUGGUUCAUUGUCAAUGUGGUGUCAGCCGUUCAGCGACAUUACUGAUCGCCUAUGCUAUGUUUAAAUCCCCUGAAAAGACCAUGCAGGAUGCUUAUAACGCGGUCAAAAGGCGAAGCAAGUGGAUUGGGCCGAACAUGAGCUUGAUUUACCAGUUGACGGAUUGGAAGAAGAGGAUCACGUCCGAUAACUCACAGCCGGGGAUGGCGGGUUGGAGAGGGGGGAAUGCAGGAAGCGCUGGAGGCCGGGGGCAUACAAAGGCAGACACUAGAGGUGGUUUUGGAAGAGCGGGUCCCUCGGAUGGACCCGGGAUGUCAGAAUCAAUCCCAGAGCCACAAACGGCACCAUUGCCUGUAUGCCGGAACUCGCCAUCCUCACUACCUUUGGAUACUUGCAUGGGUCAAUCUGGAGAACGCCCAAUCCCGCAAAUGGUGAGGACAAGAUCGGAGAACGGUGGAUUUAUAUCCGGCGUUUCUCCAGGGCCUUCCUCAGCCCCGCCAGGCAUGAUAACGAUUCCUGGAACCUCGGAUAUUCCUUUCAAACGACAAUCAUGGCCAGAGAAGAUUUCAACACCUCUCUCUGAGCGUGCUGAUUCCCCACUUCAAUCGUGGGGAAUGGGAGCUCCGGAGAAGUCACGUGUAGGCUUUGCCCCUCCUCCUUUGCAGCCAUCAUCGGCAUAUCUUGUUCGGCACGAGGAAAGAUAUGGUCGGGAUGUCGGAAGUGGAGAUGGCGAUGAUCCCCCCCCUCCUGCGCCAAAUUUUACCAGCCCCCGGAACAGCACCUAUUAUCCUGUACCCAUGAGGCGUUCUGGAAACUUUUCCUCCAUCUUUACAGAUCCCAGGAGUCCAACACAGCGCGGCGAGACACCCAUUGUUAGGAGUAUCUUUGACGUCCUGUAGCAAUUACUGUGGGGCCGGUGGAGCGACUCAACCGGCUGAAUCUGAGGGCCCGGAUGGGUUCGGGGCAGUCGGGCCGACUUUGGGUUUCUUUUGUAAGGGUUUAUCUGUUACUAAUCGGAAAAAAAAAAGUGGGAAUGUAAAUGGUUGCGGAAGCGGUGAUAGGUGUAUUCAUAGGCGGCCGGAAUCCGGCACGUUUCCUUUAUCUUUCCUAUGUUCGGGAGGCUUCGCUUGGGGGAAACCGGUUCACGAAUGAUACCGUUCUUUCAUUUAUUCUCUUCGCUUCUUUCCCCUUUGCGCCGAGGGUUGGGUGAUAGAGAUGGAGGAGUGAUGGGGUGGGGGGUGGGUUUGCAGUGCAUAGGGAACGGGCGCGCAGUGUCAGUCGUUUGGAUCAUGAUUUCCCCUUUCUCUUUUUCCCUUGUCAAGCCGGUUCAUGGUUGGGGUCUCGAAUUUCUUGCAAAUCACUUCAGAUUUUUUCAUCCCCUUCUUUCAUCAUCUUUCACAAUCGUUCGAAAUGGUAUUAUACCUAAUUUUUAUUUUCGCUUCCUAUCCCAUUCGCCGUCUCCUGUACUGUACAUUUCAUGCGGUGACUGGGAAGGAGAGCUCCUGGGGAGACUAUCCUUUUUCCUUCUUCAUUUUCUCCUCUCCCCAUCAUUUUCUCUUUUCGCUUCAACCUUUCCUUAUUACUGCCAUUAGCUGAGAUCGCCAAAAAAAGACUUUGGAUACCUCGUUUUCCAUCAUUGUAUGAUAAAACCCUUCUUUCCGGCCUUCUCUCUCUCUCCAAUUCGAUACCCUUUCUACCUCUCUGAAUGCCGUUACACACUCUGCUUUUACGAGUUUGAGACUUUUCCCUCUUUGCUUCCAACCAGUGAUCAUACUUACCUCCUUAUAUUCUGGUGUUUAUCUUUAUUCCUCCUCUUUUUUUUCUUUUCUUUUUUUUUUUUCAAAUUAUUAUCGUCCUUUUAUUUAGUUCUCUGUUCUUGUUUUUCGUUUUACCUCGGCUUUAGUCUUAUUUUCUAGUUUCUGGGAAUGGAUGGAAAGGGAAGGGAAGGGAGGAUGGUCCUGUAUAUAUAUAUUGUAUCCAUACGAGAUAGGAUCGUAGGUUUUAUAUAGCAUUGUAUCGGGGUACCAUUAUUGUAUCAU